AUGUUGAUACAUACAGAUGACAAACCAUAUAGUUGUGAUGUAUGUAGUAAAUGUUUUAAACUAAAAUCAACAUUGCAACAGCAUUUUCUGAUACAUACUGAUGAGAAGCCAUAUGGUUGUAAUAAAUGUAGUAAAUGUUUUAAACUAAAAUCAACAUUGCAACAGCAUUUUCUGAUACAUACUGGUGAGAAGCCAUAUGGUUGUAAUAAAUGUAGUAAAUGUUUUAAACUAAAAUCAACAUUGCAACAGCAUUUUCUGAUACAUACUGGUAAGAAGCCAUAUAGUUGUAAUGUAUGUAGUAAAUGUGUCAACCAAAAAUUUACAUUGCAACGACAUAUGUUGAUACAUACAGGUAAUAAGCCAUAUAGUUGUGAUGUAUGUAGUAAAUGUUUUAAACUAAAAUCAACAUUGCAACGGCAUAUAUUGAUACAUACAGAUGACAAACCAUAUAGUUGUGAUGUAUGUAGUAAAUGUUUUAAACUAAAAUCAACAUUGCAACAGCAUUUUCUGAUACAUACUGGUAAGAAGCCAUAUAGUUGUAAUGUAUGUAGUAAAUGUUUUAACCAAAAAUCAACAUUGCAACGACAUAUGUUGAUACAUACAGGUGAUAAGCCAUAUAGUUGUGAUGUAUGUAAUAAAUUUUGUAGGCAAAAAUCAACAUUGCAACGGCAUUUGUCGAAACAUACUGAUGACAAGCCUUAUUAAACGUAUAAUUCAUGUAGAUGUUAGUAUUUAUAAGAGAAGAUAAAGUUCAGAGGUACAAACAGCGACAGAUUUUUUUUGUGCCUACCACAUAGCAGUGCCACCGUGGAAAGUUUAUUUUCAGCUAUAAAUAUUACGAAAAUCAAAUUACGCAACAGAAUAUCGACUAUUAAAGAAGUAUUACAUACUAAUUUCCAAAUAAACGAUUGCUACUCAUGUGACGCCACGGAAAGAGACAUGAAGAAAUUUAACAAAAAUAUUUAUGAAAUGAGUAUGAAAAUACUGAAGAUGAGGCAAUUGAGAAUG